CUCACACACUCACACACACAGUCAGUCAGUCAGAAGAGAAGAGUCUAUGUGGAGUAAAGCAGCACUUCAGCCGCUUCAGUUUGCCGGACAGGAUGGAAAACACGUGUGAGGUGUGGCAGAGGUGAGAAAACAAGAAGGGCUCACAUUAGAGACGGCUCCGACUGCGGCUGAUGCCUCGAAACACUCUGCCCCUUGACCCUGCGAUGCCCGCCGAGCUCUUGAAAGACACCAUGACCAUCCCUGGAGCUCCCGAGCGAAUCCUGGCCGAGAAAACCAACAACAAUGAGCCUCAAGCCCAAGCCCCGGCCGUCAUCAUUCCUCUGGUCAACGAGGUGCAGCUAACGGCGGCCACCGGCGGUGCGGAGCUGUCCUGCUACCGCUGCACCGUCCCAUUUGGUGUGGUGGUCCUGAUCGCCGGCAUUGUUGUGACUGUGGUCGCGUACACCUUUAAUUCACACGGAUCCACCAUAUCGUACUUCGGACUGGUGCUGCUGUCGGCUGGGCUGGUUCUGCUGGCGUUGAGUGCAGUUUGCUGGAAGGUGCGGAUGGAGAGAAAGAAAGAGAGGAGAAGAGAGAGUCAGACUGCACUGAUGGCCCACCAGAGGAGCAUCUUUGCUUGAUUCUGCACCAACAUGAACUCUAAAAACCUUACAAUGAAUAAGGGAUUACAUUUGAGACAGUGUCCAGAUUUUGUUUUGCAACUGGUCAGACAAAGCAAGCGCCUUCAGAGAAACCCGAAUGACGGUUUUUGACCAAUUGGCGUUUGGAGCUGAUAAUGGAGACGGGCUUGCAGCUGCAUGAGUCCAGAUGUGGAGAACAGCUGCACUGCAACAAAAAAAAUGAGGGGUUUUGUCUCUAGUAUUUCUGUUCUGUUUUUCAUUACAAACAUCUAAAGAUUCUUAAGUUUGAGUACAUUUAUUUGGGAAAUACACAUUUAAGAGAUUAAAGGCAUGGUUUCGCACAAAACACUGAAAAUUCUACCAUAAUUUGGAAUUUGGGUUUGUUUUUUCUUUUGUUGAACACAAAAGAGGAUAUUCUGAAUCAAGCUGUGAUUGAAUAAACCAUUGACUUCCAUUGUAUUGGUUUGUCUUACUAUGUAAGUCAAUGUUACUGGUUUCCAGCUUUCUUAAGAUGAUCCUCAUUUGGCUCAUGAAGAACACCUUGAGGGGAAUUAAUUAUUGUUUUUUUAUUUUGGAGUGAACUAUCUCUGCAGGCACAGGGCAUCAACAUGACGUCAUAUUGACGUCGUACUCCAAUGUACCCCAAUGUCAUGGGGACGUUAAAUUUUGUUUGGAAAUAAAAAUCGGGUAUAAGUCAGAACCCAACGUCUGGCCAACAUCAAUGUCCAACGUUCAACCUAAAAUCAACCCAAUUUCAAUGUCUACUCAUGUUACACCUUGACGUUGUGUGGACGUUACCACUAUGAUGUAUCACAUGUUGGAUUUUGGUCAAUUUCCAACGUCCAACCUAAAAUUAACCAAAUAUCAACAUCUACUCAUGUUACACCUUGACGUUGUGUAGACGUUACCACUAUGAUGUAUCAGAUGUUGGAUUUUGGUCAAUUUCCAACAUCCAACCUAAAAUCAACCAAAUAUUAACAUCUACUCAUGUUACACCUUGACGUUGUGUAGAUGUUACCACUAUGAUCUAUCAAAUGUUGGAUUUUGGUCACUUUCAACGUCCAACCUAAAAUCAACCAAAUAUCAACGUCUACUCAUGUUACACUUUGACGUUGUGUGGACGUUACCACUAUGAUCUAUCAGACGUUGGAUUUUGGUCAAUUUCCAACACAAUGUAAAAUAAACCUUAUAUCAACGUAAUUUGAUGUUGUUAUUGGAUGUCAACAAUAAUGUUGUCUUGGCUAGACAUUGAAUUUUGGUCACCAGACAUCACAACCUAAAUUUAGUCUAAUAUUAAUGUCUUAUGAUGUUGUGUGCCUGCUGGGAUCCCUUUUAAGCUAUAUUUUGUAACAAAUAUGUACACUCUCAAAAAUAAAGGUGCACAAGCUGUCACUGGUGUGGUACCUUUUCAAAAGGUACACAUUUGUACUUGAAGGGUCCAUAUUGGUACCUCAAAAGUAUAUAUUAGUACCUACAAAUUAAGUGGAACACUUUUGUACUUUUUAGGCACUAAUAUAUACCCUGGAGGUAUUAAUAUGAACCUUUUAGGUACAAAUUAGUAUCUUUUAAAAAAGGUACCACCCCAGUGACAGAUCACGUACCUUUAUUUCUGAGAGUGUAGUAUGCAGUCAAGUCAGACAAGAAAAAUAUCUAGUAAUGAGGUCAGAAAAUAAUCUAGAAAUUAUUUAAAAUAGCAUGUGGUUGUAUUAAACACAAGAAAGAAAUACAUUUAUAAAACAAAUGAGUAUUUCUUAAAGAAAAUCAAUGCAGUCCGAAAAUUUUUGAUUUUAAAAUAUAAAUAUGGGUCAAUAGAGUAAGAAAAAUAUCUAAUGAUCAUGCAUAAACAAACACAAACACAACAAAAUCAUCUGUCAAUGGUGCUAGAACAAAAUAUAAAGAUAUGUUUAAUAUUUAUGAUUUAAAAUAAUGAGUUGAUUUUAAUUAGUUUAGUUUAAUUAGUUUAAAAUUUGUUGAUUUCAAAUAAAUAUGGAUUAAAUAUUAAGGAAAUUUAUGCUUAAAGACAAUGGGCUCUAUUUUAGCGCAAAGUCUAAAGCACAUGGAGCAAAAGCAUUAAAGGUGUUUCCAAAUCCACUUACGCUAUUUUAAGGAUGAAAAAAUAGGCUCUGGGUCCUGACGCAUGGUCUAACAGGGUUGUGCUUAUUCUCCUAAUGAGUUAUUGGUGUGUUUUGAGCAUAACGUGCAUUAAACCAGAGUGUCAUCUGCCAUUCCCUUUAAGAGUCAGUUGCGUUGCGUCAUGGCGCAUUUGCUACAUGGCAGAUUUUAUAAGCAGAAAAAUUUAACAUUCCACUAGCGAGAAAACAGUUAAACAAAGCAUCUGCAGCGUGAGGAUAAAGAACAAACCUCCAUUUAGCCUCUUUACUUUUACUCUUUACUUUACUCCUUUACUUUCGUGGAGUAAGGAAAUACUCUAUUGAAGACAUCUAUUGUCCUACAUAACUAAUUUCAUAUUUCGUUUGUUAAGCACAAAGACUGUUUCAAAUCUAUUUCUAAAUUCAAUUCUAAUUUCCAGCAAAUGAAUAAAUGAACAAUAAUAACGAAGUUUGGUUAAAAAAUAUAUCCAAACACACAUCCUAUUCUUAUACCCCAUAUGGUGAUGCAGAUGACAGGUGGUCAAAUCUAAGCUUGUUUUCAUUAAA